AGGCGGCCAGAGAAGGAUGCGCUAGCAGCGGCGCCGCAUCCCGAGCUCGCCGCGCAACCCCAGGAACAGCUCGCCGGAGGGAAGGGGCGCGGCGGGAAGGCGGAUUAACGCUGUUCUCCCAAAGCUCCCCUCCAGUAUGGCUUCGAGGAGGAAUAGCAGUGACCCAGCAAACAGGAGGAGGACAGAGAGACGCAGAUCAUCCCUGGAAGUUGCCUCAGAAGACCAGGUGGCACAGCAGACAGAAGAGGUCUUCCAGAGCUAUGUUUUCUAUCGAUACCAACAGGAGCAGGAGCAGACUGGGCAGGAAAUGCCAAUAGAUCCAGAAAUAGCUGUGAUGCAGCCGGAGCAUGACAACAUCAACAACCAAGUGGGCAGGCGCCUGGCCACCAUCGGGGAUGACAUCAAUGCACGGUAUGACAGCGAGUUCUCUGAGAUGCUAAAGUCACUGAAGCCCUCCAGGGACAAUGCCUAUGAGUACUUCGUCAAAAUAGCCUCCAGUUUGUUUGAGAGCGGCAUCAACUGGGGUCGUGUGAUAGCACUGCUGGGCUUCGGCUACAGGAUGGCAAUCCAUGUGUACCAGCAGGGGUUGACCGGCUUCCUAAGCAGGAUCGCCCGCUACAUGGCUGACUUUGUGCUUAGAAACCGCAUUGCCCAGUGGAUUGCCCAGCAGGGAGGAUGGGCGGCAGCACUGGACUUAAGCAACGUUUACUGGAAGUAUGUGGUGACAGUGGCCGCCGUGAUUUUGCUGGGCCACUUUGUGAUGCGGCGCUUCUUCAACAACCAGUGACCGGGAAGGAGAGCGUCACUGGCCGUUUGCAUCCCAGCCACUGACUCGCUCCUGGGAGGUGACACUUGUCAAGGAGGAUUCAGGAAACAACCAAAGGAAGCCAGAUGGUUCUUUAUCACCUUCCAAUAUGACACCAGCUUAUUAACCAUCCACAUGGAGAUUUCAAACACAAGAAAUCCGCAGCAUAGUAUUUAAAAAGGUGGAACUGAGUAUGGGAGACGAUUUAUUACUUCAAGAGACCACUGGGGGGAGGGUGAGAAAACAACAGGUUGGUUACAUUCACAGUGUUGCCAGAGGAAAAGCAAGGGAUGUUGUUUCCUCCCUGAAAUCCUUAAGAAGGACAAGUCCUUUUCCAGAACGUUCUCAGGGCCAGCAUAAUCCCAGCUUUUGCAAUUCCAUUCCUAAAGAAAGCAGAAGGUCAAGCAGCAUGCACAGCACUGUUGUUUGCUCAGUACAGCUGUCAAUUCUUCCUCUGCCUUAUGCUUUUCUAGUGCUGAAAGAAUCAUGUGGCUGAUUGGGAGAUCAUGUAGAUUUGCUUCUGGGUUAUCAGCAUGAGUAGCACCUUCUAAGAUCUGUAGAUGUACACCUAGACAAAGCCUAUCCCAGAAGGGGCGGCCGGGUGAGACAGUGUCUAAAAUAUUUCAUUCCAGUGGAACCUCGGUUUUCGAACAUAAUCCAUUCCAGAAGACUGUUCGACUUCUGAAACGUUCAGAAACUGAGGAGCAAUGGGCAGUCAGCAAAAUCUACUGAGAAAAUUGAAAAACACGCAGUGGAAGCUGUUCGACUUCUGGGGCACAUUCGAAAAUGGAAGCAAUUACUUCCAGGUUUUCGGCGUUCGAAAACCAAAACGUUCAGCUUCCGAGAUGCUCGAAAACCAAGGUUCCACUGUCUAUGCAGACCUAUUUGUCAUCCACCAGAUUAUUUCCUUGAUCAGGCAUAGAGCUCAGUACUCAUUAGUUGAUCACUCUCAUGCCCUCACUCUCUUUUAACUUAGUUGCAGUGAUCCUUCUCUGUCAGUGGAGAGCGCCAGCCACUGCAGAAGUUAUGAAUAUGCUUCUUUUCAUGCAGCAGAGAUCUCUUGGUUCCUUGCGUGCCAGCAUUAUUGCUGUCCACCUUGACCAGGUAGUCUGUGUAUGCAGUUUGGGAGGGGGGCAAAAAGUUGUUGAAGGAAUUGGGGGAGGCAUUUUUUUUGUUGUUGUUUGAUUCCGUUAUAAUUAUUUACCCCUUUGACAAUCACUAGCCCAAAGCUUCAAUUCCCUUUGACGCAAAUGGCGUCAAAAAGUCAGCACAUGAAUUGGUACCCCUAACGUAAGAUAGGGAUGGGGGACCUGUAGACCUCCAGAUGUUAUUGGACACAAACUCCCAUCAGCCCCAUACAGCAUGGGCAGUAGUCAGGGAUGAUGGGAGCUGUAAGGAGGGCCACAGGUUCUCUAACUUUGCCCUAAUAAAUGCAAUCCGAUCAGAGUAAAUAUGCAGAAGAUCAGGCUGCAUUUCCUACAGGUUUUAGUAUGAAAGUUGAGCAUGUGCUUAUGUCUCCCACUGAAAUUGAUGGGAUUUGGAAGUGCACGAUUGGAGCUGUCCUUGACUCCAAGCAAAUGUGCAGAGCUGGAACUUGCCAUUUGAAGGAGUUCUGGUUUUCAAAGUCCUUAGCUGCAGAGUCCUGCUUAGCUAUAAAAAAUGCAAAAAAAUAACAACACCCCACCAACCUGUCCACAUUGCUUACUUAACUCUUGUUUUGUAUAGCUUUUAAACUAGGAUAAAACUGCAUUGACUGCAGUGAAGCCAAGAUUUUGAGCACAAAGGGUUCCUUUUCCUUGCUUUACAAAGCUAUACGGCAAACGCUUACUUUGUAGCUUCUUUCAUCACUUUCUUGGUUUCCAAGAGCUCUUAAGACAAAUACUUAGAAGCAAUGUAUGCAUUUUUUGUACAUUGUUUGCUUUUUUAAAAAAGUCACACCGCCUUGAUUUCUUCUGAAUGUGCAUGCCAGCAAUAUUUGUUUUGUUUAAAAUGUUUGAUUUGGCUAACAAUAAUUUAACUUUGUCAUGGCCUAAAGGUUUGUCGUGGUUAUGUCUUGAUGCGUGCUGAACUUCAUCCCUGCCCAAUGCAAUCUUACUUUUCUGAAGUCCCAUUUUGUUUCCAGUGAGCCUAUAGUCUGACGACGAGCUGCACAUCUCAUCAUUCCUUACCGCUGGCUAUGCUAAAACUGGGAUUUGUCUGAGAACAGAUCAGUAGGCUUCUGCUGUGUGUGUUUGUGUAUCAUACUAAAGUAGGAAAAGAAUCUUUUUCGGAACAGCAGUUGUACAAAAAAAAAUCCAUAGUACACUUAUGUGGAUCUAAUCUAUCAAGCCUAUGGUAGCUUACUUCUAAGUAGAUCUACAAAAGAUUGGGAAUCUAAGGUACUACUCAUGGUGAAAAUUGAAGCAGGGUGGUUUUUAUUUGUUUAGUUUAUGCCAAACACUUUGAUCUUUGGCACCACCCGCCAUUGGCUCAGACUCUGCCCGCUGCCAGUAUAUAGGCCCUGGGAGAUUUCUCCCAAGGAAAUGUGGCCCUUGGCAGGGAAGAAAGAAGAAGGUUGCUCAUCCCUGCUGCAUAGGUACGCAUCCUGCCACUCAGCUCAAGGGCUGGGUGGCAAACAAUUUGAGUAAAAAAGCAAAUCCAGGAGGCAGGGAGGCCCUGGUACUAGCUGGUCCACACAGUGGCUGUCAACCACUGUGGAUUUCACCAGCCAGAGUGUCCAUGGAUACAGAGAUGGUAAAAGUUCUAGCAAUGAGAACUCGCAUACAGAGAUUUGUCGCAGCAAUGUAUUUUCAACAAAUAGCCAUUUCUGCCAAAGAAGAGCCAAGUAAAAUUGUGGGAGAAAAGGAAUCUGUUGGGAACGGGAAUUGCUCCAAUAAAUCUUUGUAUCGCUUUAGGAAUUUUUGUUUCUACUGAUGGAGAAAUUAUGUGUAGAUCAAAAGGUUGCACCAUUCUGAGUUGCUUCAAAUUUAAACAUGUCGUGUCAUAUCUUCUGUCAUUUGGGACCAGGCUAGCAACUGCUGAAUAAGUGACUCUCAUAUAUAUAUAUAUAUAUAUAUAUAUAUAUAUAUAUAUAUAUGAAUGAUGAUACAGUGAAUGCAGGUAUGGCGUAUGUAAAUGACAAAGCUGCAGAAACACAGGCUAGGGUACUGGAUGCAGAAUUUAAUUUCUUGAGAAUCUCAGCAUUGAUUCUUCUACAAAAUAAGCAAGAAUCUAAGCUCUUUUGACUGUGAAGAUACAUCUGAAAUGAUGGGCAAUGCUGCUGAAAUCUCAGAGGUGGCUAACCAAAAUAUCUAAUUACUAACAGUGGGGCACCAGUGACCUCCAUAGCUUUUUCACCCCAUGAUUAGGAAAACCAGACUAACAAGACAAUCUUAAUCAUGCAUACUUUGAAGUAAAUCCUAUUGAAUUCAGUGGGUCUCACUCCCCAGUAGAUGGGAUCAGGAGUGCGGUCUAAAUUCUGCAAAAUCAGCAUUUGUGCAAGUUUGCCUAAUUUAUGCUGGAAAAAGCAUUUUAAAUUUCAGAGCAUAGAGUUCUGGGUAGAGGCAGAGGUCGGGCUUCACCAGCAUCUUGGUUUGAGAAAUGCUGCUUAAACGUUUGAAGAAUGUGUGGCUUCAAAAGAGGAUUAGACAAAUUCAUGAAGAAUAAGGCUAUCGAUGGAUAAGUUCUACCUCCAGUUUCGGAGACAGUACACACCCAGGGAACCACAGGAGGGAUGCAUGCUGUUGUGGCUUCCCAUAGGCAUCUGUUUGGACCACUGACUAAAUGGGCCACUGGUCUGAUGCAGCAGGUGUCUCUUAGGUUCCAAAUGAACACCGUUUCUGGGGGCUGGUCAGUAGCAUUUGACUGUCUCCUACCUAGCAAUGAAUUUCCUCCUCCCCCCCCCCAACAUAUAUUAAAGGCUUUAGCUAAUAUUCUGUCCAACUCAUUUCUUCAAGGGUUUCCAUCUUAUAGUCUCCAUCUGUGCCAUAGAAUUGGUUGCCCCUCUAGAGCAUAGGAAACACUCCUGGUGACACUUGUGGCAGCUCUGGGUUUAUAGCCAUGAAAUAGGUAGAGGCAGUGCUUCUCCAAGUAGACUGCUCAGCAGUCUAAACUACAUGAGCCACUGAGGAAAUCUUUGGGGAUGACAGUUACGUUUUUACAUACAUACUUGAAGCCAUAAUGUAGCUAUGAAUCUUCUCCCUGUAUUCUGUAUUCUAUUUAAGAAGCUGCUUAUUAUUUUCCGUGCAUCACACCCAGCUUUAACAGUCCCCUUGCCCUCAGGGAUUCAAAGGGAAUGAAGCUAAUAAUCCAGAGGUACCCAGGACAUAAGUGCAUCCAGCAGAAUUGCUUUUCAUUAUCUUGCCUCCUUACCUGCAAGGCGAUCGCUCGAAAAGUGAAUCACUGCUGGACGUGUGAAUCGCUGGAGGAAGAAGAAAGAACGUAUUCCAGGGAAAUAAAUACAAGUAGGGAAAGGGGCUGUCCUCUUCAAAUCACAUUGCUUAAUGGCAAUGUGGUGUGCAUGGCCAAGAGUUUGAAGAAUUCCAGCUCUAAAUGCAGAUCCUGAAUUGAGUGUUUAUUGGAGGAAAUGAGUCUACAGCUAUAUCUCCUGCUUUAUACACAGACUGCUUUGGGAUUUGGAAAGAUGUCCCUCUGUGGUGUUUAAUACAACACAGACAUCUAGCAGGGGUUGUUGUUCUGGUCUCAAAAGGCCAAGAAAGGGGACCCCGUCUAUUGGAUCUGGGUAUAUAAGGUUUCUUGCGUGUAGCACAUCAUGCACCAAGCAAAAAACAAUUGUGCCUUUCUACCUCCAUCAAGAUCCGACCCCUUCGUGGGGGCAUGGUGGUGCUACUGCCUUUGGAGAUACAGCGAAGGUGCGUCUUAUCACACUCCCCAAAUGAGCACUCCAGCAUUCGUUGCGUGGGGUAUUCAUGGGGAAUGCACUGGGUGGUUUUCCUGGAAAGCUAUGCCUUCUAUGUACUUCUGAAUUGUGAAGUGCCUGGCACACUACUGGCACUAAGUAAACGUUAAAUGGUAGUUUCUGUAAUAUAUAUGUCAAAAUAAAAGUUAUAUGCAAAUACA